AUGGCCGCUGAUCGCCAGACCAUCAUCGAGGUGAACCGGUCGCUUCGGAACAUCAAGAAUGAACUCGAGAACCUCCUCGAAAAAGGCGUGAUUGAUGACUCGGUCUAUGAGACCAUCAACACCGCUCUCCCUCCCGAGUCCUCGCUCUCUGGCCCUCUCCGCACCGCGACCGGCGCCUCCAACAACAACGCUGCCGCCAAGGCCGCAACUCCCACUCCCUCCCACGAGCCCCCGACCAAGGCCUUUGAGGACCUCAAGGUCAACAAGGCACCCUCUCCCGCGCCACCCGCAUACGAGCAGACGCCUCCUCCCGGCGUCCCCGCGCGCAACGUCAAGCCCACCGUCGCUCAGGCCCGCGCCCUGUACCGCUAUGCUGCCUCUGACGGCCGCGACCUCUCGUUCGAGAAGGAUGACCAGAUCGCCGUUUACGAGUACAUGAACCAGGACUGGUGGAUGGGCCGCAACGAGCGCACCGGCCAGGAGGGUAUUUUCCCGCGCAACUACGUCCUGGUCGAGCAAGAGACCAAGAAGGCUGCCAUUCCUCAGCAGCCUCAGUACGGAUACCCUGCGCCGUCUCACGGCCCGCCCGCCCAGCAGAACCCUUACAACUCGCACGUACCGCCCAUGGCUGUGGCCGAGGGAUCUUCGGGCCAGCAGCAAGGACAGGAGGGAGAGAACAAGAUGGGACAGUACGGCAAGAAGUUUGGUAAGAAGCUGGGUAACGCCGCUAUCUUUGGUGCUGGUGCGACUAUCGGAGGAAACAUUGUGAACAGCAUCUUCUAA